AUGACCCAACACUCUUCGCCCUUCCCUUGCUCCUUCCACUCUCGAUUUCUCAGAGUCCUCGACCACAUCUUCCCAGCAAACUCGGAACAACAGCCCAAGACCCUGAUCAACCUCGACAACCGCAGCACUAAUAUCCCCAGCCAAAUGUGUGGCCGCGAAGUAGAAAGCUGGUCCUGCGGCUGCGAGGUCGGCGUCACCAAACCAUGCGACUACCCGACCCUAGCAUGCAGGUCUGGCGCCUUCUUCACCCCCCGACUUGACCACCCCUACACCUGCGCGGACUGCUCGCAGCAGAGUUUCCGAACAGACCGCGAUCGAGCCGGGGCGACUACCAGCCCCAUGACAUCGCCGGGCAAGAAGCGCUCCUCGUCUCAAGCCCAGAACGACGACCCCCGCGCGUACGCCCAGCGCGUGAUGGAAAAGCGCUUCUCCCGCCCCGCAGACCUGGACCUGAACCUGUCCCUCCCGCCGAAGCGCUCCCGCACGUCCCUGCAGAAAUGGUCCUCCGACGCUCCACAGCACAUAGGCCGGCGGAACAACGCCUUUGUACCUGUUGAUCACGGCUACGGCUACGGCUACGGCGACAGCAGCGACGGCGACAUCGACUUUUCCUCCCGCCUGGCCAAUCCGGCCCAAGACCUGACCUCCAUCGCCAUGCCCGGCGCCCUCCCGGCAGCGUCGUACAAUCCAUCGGACUCCCACCGGCCCGUUAGUAGCGGAACCCUCCGUCGGAUCGGCAGCGUGGUGACUCGGCGGCCGACGAAGCGCAGUCCCACCUACCCAAACAGUCCGAUCAGUCCGCAGAGUACGAUCAGUCCCCGCAGUGCACGGAGUCCACGCAGUCCACGCAGUCCAGACACGAUGCGUCGCAUCUCUCCUCGACAGAUACCGACCCCGUAUGCAGAGCCGCGAUAUCAGCAGCACCAGCACCAGUACCAGUACCAGCAAUAUCAGCAACCUCGGUACCAACCGCAUCAAGCGCAACACCAACACCAACCGCAGCAACACCAACAGCAAGUCCAUUUCAACCACACCUUUGACGGCCACGCCAGCUACGCCGCGAUGAAAGACUCGGUCGAACGUGAAAUCUACUCGGGCCGAUGGACGCGCACGCAGAUCCAGGCCUGGCACCGCUUCAACAUGCUGAAAGUCCAAGACCAGUACGAGCUGCUGCACACGUACGCCGACUCGAUGGCCGUACCGCCGCCUACCCAGCAGGCCGUCGAGGCGAUGCAGAGCAGGAAGAAAGCCAAGCCGGUGGGACGGCGCAAGAAGUAUCCGACUUGGCGGUCGUGGACGAAUUGGUUCGGCUGGCGGAAGUAG